AUGGAAGAAAUUGUCACUAUCAGUAAAGAAAACAUUGGACUUGUUUUUCAACCGCAGAUAGUCGUAACUUCUGUGGUAUUUUAAUUAAUAAGCUCUCAUCUAAUCGUAGCUAGCUGGGCUGUUAUGCAAAUUGAAAAGGUUAUUUUGAGGUCAAAGUUUAAAAGAAGAUGGCGGCCACCAUGAAACAUUUUCGUCUCGCAGUCGCUGCAUUACUUCUUAUUUCUUUGUCAUCUUGUGUACUUUGCGUGGACCUGAAUCUUGUUUCAGAAGUAAGAAAUGCUGAUGAGGAGAGCUCAAAUGAUCUUUCAAAAGAAACAGAACUCGAAACGCAAGAAAUCCCUUUAACCCAGACUCCGAUAGAGACAAUUACAAACAAUGCCUCACUGGGAAGUACAAAAGAGGCAAACGUCUCACUACCAAUCACCUUCAUCCACAUCGCAGCAUCCUACAUGAGACCAGUCACCUUCCACAGAUUCUUAAACGACCUGAACAUAACGGUGAACGCAAGUCUAAAAUACCCGCAUCCGGAUGUCACUUACGUCGAGGAUGAAGCAUUAUACACGCCCCGUAAGAUUAGAUACCCUUGUCUUAGGAGAUUGUUUGGGAACAGAACGGCUGAAGUACGGAUUGUUAACAGUACAGAGCUUACUGAAGCUGUGAGCUUCAAGACUGAUAAAGGCAGCAAUUCGACCACUAUGCUGAGUGGGUACUGUGCCUUUGUGAUGUUUUUUGCACCCUGGUGUAAGUUUUCAACUGCUGCUGCGCCACCAUUUAACGCCAUCGGACGGGCUUUUCCAGAUCUUGAGGUUCUGGCUAUUGACGCAUUUCAGCAUAACAGUCUGAACACACGCUACAGUAUCGUCGCUGUUCCAAACAUCCUCCUGUUCCACAACAAUAAACCAGUCAUGAGGUUUAAUUACAGCGAGAGGACAUUCAGCGUCUUCACUGACUUCAUUAGGAAUUUCACAGGUCUUGAGCCCAACUCCUCCAUCACUGUAAAUGAGGCAGACGCCAUUGGUCCACUGCCCAGCAUACCAACUGAGGAAACCGACUAUGCUCUUUGGUUCUCUUGGCUAUUCCUUGCCGCUGUAGCCGGGUGGUUCUUGAAGCAACAUCUUGGCAGUUUCGUCAUGGACCGUGUCAGGAUGUUUCUUGUUUACGCUCGACAAGUUUGGAGGACUGGAGAAUUCUAUGAUCAGGUUGGUGUGAUGGCUCACGAACAUCGGGAUUGAAAAUGUUUUUAACGACCAUAAAUCUCUGAUGAAAGAGGCUUUUAGAUAAGCUGGUCUGAACUUCUGUUGUCUUAACUUUUGAGGCUUGUAAAAAACAUCAGAUAUGGGCCUUGUGAUUGGGAAGACCUGCCAAGUUCCUAGCAGUUUCACCUUUUGGAUGGGGUGUCACAUGACAGUUUCAGGUGGAGGCAAUGAGACAUCAAUCUAUGAUAUUGCUAUACUGGCGCCCAUCAUAGGAAGCAAAAUAGAUCAGUCACUGGCAAUGAUUGAACGAAAUGUGGCUCGAGAAGGUGUCACAGUUAACAGAAUAAACUAUGAUUAGGCGUUUGAGGGAAACAAACUUUUAAAAGUCCACAGAGUUCAAGGAUGUUUCAGGAAUGAUGUUCAUGGACAGAGGAAGUGAUAGUUCAUGGUGUGAGUAUUACAUACCUGUGAUAUUUGUUCACAGGACUCGGGGACAGUACUGAGUAUACGCUGCUAACACAGUACAGUGGUAGUAAACUUCUGAAAGUCUGUUGUUAAAUUUUGAAAGUGUGAUUAUAGUUGAUUAAUGCAAUUGUAAUUUGUGUCACUUUCCAAAUGUGUUUAUACAACAGAAGUGAAACUUCCUGUGCAAUGAAGAAAUCGUCAUUAAUGAAAUCGUUCGCAAGUUUUGAUGUGCAAUGUUGUGUUGAGAAAUAAAACCGUUUUAAAAUUA